AUCAGAAAGAGACAGAUCUUUCUCUCUCUCGCUCUCUCGCUCUCUCCUGUCCCUAUGGGAACGCAACUCCCAAACGCAGACGCUGAAUCCUUCCAGCGACUGCUGAAUUUGAGCCUCGGAGCUAAAGACAACAACAAAAUAAACGGAUCAGGAGCCGCAAAAAUCUCCACCGAUCCAGACCAGCCCCCUUUGGACAUCGAGUUCGUGGAGAAGAUAUUGAACUACGAAUUCAAAAACAAGAGUUUGCUGCAGCAAGCGUUCACAGACGCAUCUUUCGAUGAUAACUGCGUUUCCUACGAACGCCUUGAAUACUAUGGAGAUACGGUCUUAAAUAUGGUUAUGACCAAAUAUUUGUUUUCUCGUUAUCCGGAUUCUGCACCCGGUUUGCUGACCAAUCUCCGAGCGGUCAACGUUGAUACCGAGAAAUUGGCCAGAGUCGCUGUGAAACACAAUCUACAUCUCUGCCUCCGUCAUAAGAAGCCCUUGCUUGAGGACCAAAUAUUGGAAUUUGCAAAAGCAAUAGAAAAAUAUCCAUUACAUUCUCGUGGUCUCUUGAAAGUCCCUAAAUCUCUAGCAGACAUAGUAGAGUCUACCAUUGGAGCUCUCUUCAUCGACUGCGACUCCAUUGACACCGUCUGGAAGGUGGUAAAACCAUUGUUGGAGCCAAUAAUAGCUUUAGAUAAACUGGAGAACCAUCCAAUGACAGAACUCAAUGAGAUGUGUCAGAAGAAGAACUUGAAACUGAGGUUUGACGACAGUACUUGGGAAGAUAAUAAAAAUGUUCGUGUCUUUAUUGAGGAUCAUUUGGUUGGACGUGGACACCAUCUUGUCAAGAAAGAUAGUGCUAAAAAUUGCGCUGCCAAGAAUGCUAUCGACAAUUUUUCCAAUUUCUUUUCAAAUCUUUAAAAUAUAUAUUUAUAUGGAAAAUCCAGUUCUCUAUAACAAAUUGUAUUGUUGUUUUUGUAUUUGAGUCAACUUGAAUAAAAAUAACCUUUAUCUAUGAAUGAUUUGCUUGAA